CUUAGUCGUUCGCAAAUUUCGAACAACUACAAACCUAAUCGCGGCCCAAUGCCAAAAAUCGAUUCCAGAGCUAUUUGGACACUCUUGCUGGUGGCUGGAGGCCUGCAGGUGGCGGCGGCCCAAUUAGCAAAUGUGUGUCUUAACUUGGAGAACGGAUCCCGCCUCCCCUUGGCCACCCACUGUGCCCGGUUUGUGGUUUGCCAAAAUGGAGAGGUCUCCACAAUUGGUAGCUGUCCCCGCGGCCUCCAUUUCAAUCGGGAGCUGGGCGAGUGCGAUUUCCAGUGGCGUGCCAACUGCCUUGGACUGGCCGCCUUUGCCGGGCCGGCUGACCAGUGUUCCUGCGACUGUUGUGCCGAAGAAUGCAGCGAUUCCAUCGAUGCCAAUGAAGAAACCACUGCUGUGACAGAGGACUGCGAUCCGGCUACAACGACGACCAAAGUUCCGGAGACAGAACCUACAGAUUCCACUGAUUCCUCUGACUCCACAGACUCCACUGGUUCUACUGACUCCACAGAUUCCACUUCAGACUUCGAUGAUACCACUAAUGCCUCAAACACGACACCAAGUCCUAGUCAGGUGGCGCCCACCUACUGUGCCAGCUCUAAUCCUGUCUGCGCGAACCAAAAAACCGGGUCUUUUAUUGAUAUUCCCGGCAUUUGUGUCCGUUAUUACCAGUGCAGCAAUGGGUGCGCCGUGGAACAAACGUGUCCUGCCAACACAUACUUCAAUCCCGAAUCCAAUGAGUGCGACAAUUGGUGGAAUGUGGAUUGUACUCCUACCGCGGAUGCAUCAGACGAGAUAGAGGGGCCCUCGGGAACGACCUGCUCCAAUCAUGGCGUAUGUUAUCGCCAGAAGGAUGGAGCGAUGUUUGCUGACUCCGAAUCGAACGGAUUUUUCGUGUGCCAAUGCCAGUGUCCUAUUGCAAUGACCUGCCCGGAUGAGUUAAAGUUCAACGAAGAAGCUCAGGUAUGCGAUUUCCCAACGGAUGAUGAUUCAGCCAGUGGGGCUUUAAAGGUUCUGUGUCCCGACAACCUCGUCUACAACGCCACUUCAGAUCAGUGCGAUUAUCCUGCGAACUAUGUUCCGGAAGUGGCCUGCAACACCACUGACGUCACAGUCUGCCAGGGUCAGCCGGAGGGAAAACUCUUUCCCGUCGAGGGCAAGUGCAAUAUGUUCUACAAGUGUAAUUACAACUGCGCCGUGGAGCAAUAUUGUCCCAACAAUCUGAUCUACGACUCGACUUUUGAAAUCUGCAACUAUCCCCAAAAUGUGGAAUGCAAGUGGGAGUACACUCCGCCCUCGGGUCCAACUGCCGGACCCUCGGGCACCGCCUGCGAAAGCAACGGCCGGUGUUUGGGCCAGCCCGAGGGAACCUAUUUGAAUUCCACCACCAGCUGCAAUGGCUAUGUCGUCUGCCAGUGCGAAUGCGAGGUGGAAAUGUCCUGUCCUGUGGGCCUUUACUGGGACCAGACAAAGAAGACUUGCAACUACGAGAGCAAUGUCACCUGUACUCUAUAAAUAAAGUAUAUCUU